CCAUCUCCUGUGCAAAUGAAGAAUCUAUCGAUUGCCAUUCCAGCCAUGUCCACCUCCACUACCUGCAUGGGGGUGCACAUCUUGGUCUACCCUUAUGUGAGUUCUGGCCAUAUUAUCCCCCUCCUGGACCUCACGCAUUGCUUGCUCGACCGCGGCCUCGUAAUCACCGUUGUGGUCACCGCCAGCAACCUGCCUUUGCUUGACCCGCUCCGUUCCUCCCACCCCUCCUCCCAACUCCAGUCCCUGGUCUUACCUGACCCAGGAAAUGCCCCUCCUUCAAAAAGCCGCCUCCUCGCUAACAUGCGCUCCUUGCGUGAAGUCCACUAUCCUCUGCUCCUGAAUUGGUUCCAAUUACACAGCUCGCCUCCCGUUGCUAUUAUAUCCGAUUUCUUUCUCGGCUGGACCAGCGAAUUCGCUUCCCAGGUCGGCGUGCCACGCAUCGUUUUCUCGCCGUCGGGGGCCCUUGCUUUCUCCGUUGCCACUUUUGUUUGGCGUGACCAGCCACAAAACGAUCAUCCGGAAAACCUGAAUCUUUCAGUGUCAUUUCCUAAGAUUCCGAAUUCCCCGACUUUCCCCUGGUGGCAGAUCUCUCACAUUUACAGGAUGCCCAAGGACUCCGAUUGGGAAUUUUAUAGAAACUGUUAUUUGGCUAAUUUGGCGAGUUGGGGAAUCAUAUUCAACUCGUUCGCUGAGUUAGAACGUGUUUACCUGGAUCACAUGAAAAGGGAGUUCCAAAAUGAUCGUGUGUGGGCCGUAGGCCCUGUUUUACCGCCGGACGAUGAUUUAACGGGAACAGCUAACCGUGGUGGGUCCAGCUCCGUGCCAUGUCAUGAUGUGCUGACAUGGCUUGAUUCCUGUAAAGACCAUUCAGUCGUGUAUGUUUGCUUUGGAAGCCGAACAGCUCUGACGUGUAAGCAAAUGGAUGAGCUGGCAGCUGCCCUAGAAAAAAGCGGAGUCCAUUUUAUAUGGUGCGUUAGGCAACCAGUGGAGCAACGGAGAACGUCGAGCGAUUACGGUGACUUGCCAGACGGAUUUGAAGAUCGUGUGGCUGACAGAGGUUUCAUUAUAAAAGGAUGGGCCCCGCAGGUAGCUAUACUAAGGCACCGUGCAGUUGGCGCGUUCUUGACUCAUUGCGGAUGGAACUCGGUGCUUGAAGGUAUCGCGACAGGCGCGGUGAUGCUAACUUGGCCGAUGAGCGCGGACCAGUUUACAAACGCUCAGCUUCUAGUUGAUCAGUUGCGGGUAGGUAUUCGAUUUGGUGAGGGGACUGCGAAUAUACCUGAGUCAACUGAGUUGGCUCGGAUAUUGGCAGAAUCCGUGGCUGAAACUCGACCGGAAAGAUUGAUAGCCAAAAAACUGCAAGAGGAAGCGUUGAGUGCCGUCAGAGGAGGGAGCUCAGAUACCGAUUUGGAUGGCUUGGUUAGAAGGCUAAACCAGCUCAAACUUGAAACGGAUGGUGAUGCGAUCAAGUGACAUGGAGGGGAGACGGAGAUGGGACAGAGUCACAGGAUUGCUCGAUUGGGCACAAAGUGGGAGACCGGAAACAGGGGACGAUAUUGGGGGUUUGAUUGGUCAGGUGUUUGAUGUUCGUCUUUCUCUUUUGGGUGUUUGAAUCGUCUUUAAUAGAGAAAAUUACUACUAAUUUGGAUUUCAUCAA